ACCGCCCGCAGGGGCGCAAGGGCCGCAGCACGCGUGCGCAGUGGGCACCAAGAGCGCUGCGUCGACCACGCCGCGCCGGCCCUCCGGCGCCGCGCCCGCCUACAAGGCCCUGAGGGAGACGGCGGAGGGCGAGUGCCCGGCGGGCUCGGCUGACCGUUGGCUCUGCGGCCGGCGCCCUAGGCGACCUCCCCUCGCCUCCCCGCCUCCCCGCCUCCUGGGCUCUGGUUCCAACACCCCAGCGCCGAGCCGGGGAGGCGGGGAAGACCCUCUAAGUGUGCCGCUCGAGAGCCUCCCGCUCGUCCCGCCCCGAGGGGCGUGAGAAGGGGAGGGGCUGCGGACUUCGGACUCGGGCCUGGAGACCGCCUCCUACCCAGAGCCGGAGCCCGCAACCCGCUCAGGCGGCGACGGAGCCAUGUCGCCGCUGCUGGGGCUCCGGCCCGAGCUGCAGGACACCUGCACCUCGCUGGGACUGAUGCUGUCGGUGGUGCUGCUCAUGGGGCUGGCCCGCGUGGUCGCCCGGCAGCAGCUGCACAGGCCGGUGGCCCACGCCUUCGUCCUGGAGUUUCUAGCCACCUUCCAGCUCUGCUGCUGCACCCACGAGCUGCAACUGCUGAGCGAACAGCACCCCGCGCACCCCACCUGGACGCUGACGCUCGUCUACUUCUUCUCGCUUGUGCAUGGCCUGACUCUGGUGGGCACGUCCAGCAACCCGUGCGGCGUGAUGAUGCAGAUGAUGCUGGGGGGCAUGUCCCCCGAGACGGGUGCGGUGAGGCUAUUGGCUCAGCUGGUUAGUGCCCUGUGCAGCAGGUACUGCACAAGCGCCUUAUGGAGCUUGGGUCUGACCCAGUAUCACGUCAGCGAGAGGAGCUUCGCUUGCAAGAAUCCCAUCCAAGUCGACUUGCUCAAAGCGGUCAUCACAGAGGCCGUCUGCUCCUUUUUCUUCCACAGCGCUUUGCUGCACUUCCAGGAAGUCCGAACCAAGCUUCGUAUCCACCUGCUGGCUGCACUCAUCACCUUUUUGGUCUAUGCAGGAGGAAGUCUAACAGGAGCUGUAUUUAAUCCAGCUUUGGCACUUUCGCUACAUUUCAUGUGUUUUGAUGAAGCAUUCCCUCAGUUUUUUAUAGUAUACUGGCUGGCUCCUUCUUUAGGUAUAUUGUUGAUGAUUUUGAUGUUCAGCUUUUUCCUUCCAUGGCUGCAUAACCACCAUACAAUUAAUAAAAAGGAAUAACUGUUCCAAAGACUCAGACUAACAUACAGGACAGUCCAGCUGGAUGUGAUAAAGAUUUUAUCACCUCAUAUGGAAAACACCGGCUGCACUGGAUUCAUCAGUGUUAACUUCCUUUGAGGAAGCUGCCUUAUAGUUUUCAUUACUGGGACUUAAAAAAAAAAAAUUACUGUGAAAAUGAGGUAUUCUGUACUUCUCAGUUAAGACUUGUUGUUUGAGUGAUGUAUUAAAUGCUGCUAGAAAAGCCUCAUUACAUUAAACAUAAAUCAGUCUUAAUUGAUAAUUGUUAACUUUGAUGAAAAACAAGUACAGGAUGAGAAGGGAAGUAAAGGUGAUAGUAAGACCAGCGAAUUUGUGUAUCAAGGGUCACCAAAAUGAACAGAAUUUUUAACUAUAAGUACAACGCGUCAACUUACAGAACUGGGGAGAGGAUACUUUCAGCCACCACCUCACACAAUGAUACCAUCAAACAGUGUCAUCUUUCAACAGGAAAGUUGCUUUUAGAAGUAGAAUAUAUAUUCACUCACAUGCAAACGAUUUCCUACAUUUUAAGUACAUUAAAAUCUAACACCUAAAAUAUUUUCUCUAAAUAGACAAUCUCACUAGCUCCAGCCAAGUGGUUAUUCUUUAAUAGAAUAUAAUAAAACAAAACACCCAUACAAAGUCAGGAUUUAAGCUUUUCACAUUCUCCUUUGAACCAACAGCUAGCUACCUUAUGAAGUAGGGAGGGCAUGUAUUUUUAAUCUCCAUUUUACAGAUAAGGAAACUAAGCCUAGAUGGGUUUGCUGCCCUGGCUUAGAUCACAUAGAGCCAAAUACCAUCUCUAGUCUUCAACUUCAAUCCAAAAAUUCUUCUCGGUCACGAUUAUGACUAAAGGGAAAUCAAGGGUUCAUAGAAACAUUAAAUACUUUAUAAUAACGUUACAACUUGUUUAGAAAUUAACUAGUAUUUUUUGAGGUUUAAAGAACCUUCCAGUUUUACUAUAUUAGAAGGCUUCUUUUAUUGUAUGCGGUCUAAUUUUUAUUAAAAGUUCAGGCCAUAAAAGGUUAAGUGUGUAUCCCUUCAAAGGAAAUUCCAUUAUCAGAGUUACAAUUGAAAUUAAAGGCUGGGCACAGUAGUUCACGCCUGUAAUCCCAACACUUUGAGAGGCCGAGACAGGCGGAUCACGAGGUCAAGAGAUUGAGACCAUCCUGGCCAAGAUGGUGAAACCUCAUCUCUACUAAAAAUAUAAAAAUUAGCCAGGCAUGGUGGCGUGCACCUGUAGUCGCAGUUGCCAGGUAAUUUAAGUGCUGCUUGGUGACCAGCUUGUAGACAGUCACUCUGUCUAUACCUGCAGACUGAACAGGUGCAGCCUUUUGCCAAGUCUACCCAACAAGGCAGCCAGCUUUGUAUUUUAAAAAGCAGAGUUCGGCCGAGCACAGUGGCUCACGCCUGUAAUCCCAGCACUUUGGGAGGCUGAGGUGGGUGGAUCAUAAGGUCAGGGAUUCGAGACUAGCCUGGCCAAGAUGGUGAAACCCUGUCUCCACUAAAGGUAGAAAAAUUAGUCAGGCAUGGUGGUGGGCGCCUGUAGUCCCAGCUACUCAGGAGGCUGAGGCAGGAGAAUCGCUUGAACCCGGGAGGUGGAGGUUGCAGUGAGCCGAGAUCGUGCCACUGCACUCCAGCCUGGGCAACAAGAGUGAAACUCCAUCUUAAAAAAAAAAAAAAGAGUUCACAAAUGUGACUAAAUGGCUAAAUGCAGUCUCUGACAUAUUUUAUUUGGCCUCACAGUAGUUUAAAAAGUCGAAAUUAAGUAAAAUCCAUAGUUCUAGCUGCUCUUAGAAAAACUCCAAAGACCUUGCAAUACUAGGCCUGAAUUCUGCCAUACAACACAAAAUAACGGUUGUUCCCUUUAAAAUGGUCCCAUCUUGCAAACAUGAAGCUAAGUGUCACUUACUGUUUCAUGGCUGUUUUUCUUAUAGGAAUAUGCCUUUUUACAUCUCUAGCAUGAGGACUUCUGUGGGUUAAGAAAAAUGAGUAUUAAUUUGUGAAAAUGCCUAGCCCUCUGAACUUCCACUGUCAGACUUUGGAGUUUGUGACUUCUGAUGACACUGCUACCUCUAUAGCCCUCUCAAGUAGUGGCUCUUUUCUCUCCCACACCUAGUAUACCACUGUGCCUGGAGGCAGAGUAGAUUUCCUUGUCCUCAAUGUCCUCAUUGGAUGCUUGUCCUCAUUGGAUGCUGCUCAUCCAUUCUCCUCUGCUGCUUCCAUUAAAAACAUGUCAUCAGUUA